CCCUAUUGCCGACGCCAAGCAUCAAACGGUGCAGGUCGAUAGACUUUUUUAUGGUUAUACACCACUGCAUCUAGCUCUAUUUGACAAAUUCAAAAGGUUUGUAAUAGCCGAAUUGUUGCUGAGAAGAGGCGCUAAUCCUAAUUUAACUUGUGAAUAUGGAUUGACUCCACUUCACAUCAUGAUGGACCAAUAUUGCUAUCGCGUUCAUGAUCGUUUAGAAAUGGUGGUUGAAAAAUUUUUUGAUAUAACUUACGCAAAUGGUUACCGGGUCGAUAUCGACGCCCAGGACGCAUGGGGUCAGACACCUCUUCAUUUGGCCCUAGCCAAUAAAUGCAAGAAAGUAGCUGAAUUGCUACUGGAAUACGGCGCGGAUCCAAACUUAGCCAAUGCGGAGGGAUUAACAUCUUUGCAUUAUAUCUGUCAAUUAGACCAGCAUGAUCAAUCGAUCGAAUUAUUGAAUGCAUUUUUUGACAUCAGCGACGCUUAUCAUCGAAUCGACCUCGAAGUCGAUGCUCAGGACAAAUUGAACCGGACACCACUGAGAUUAGCUUCGCUCAACGGUAACUAUAAGAUGAGCAAAUUGUUACUGAAAAGAGGUGCAGAUUUGAACUUGGCAGGCUUGAACCAAUGGCAGGAACGUCUUAUAGAGACAGAGGGAUGA